AAACCCUAGCCGUUACCCAAGCAGCGGCGGCGCCGGGUGCACACUCCGACGUGAAAAUGCAGAUCUUCGUGAAGACCCUCACGGGGAAGACGAUCACUCUCGAGGUGGAGUCGUCGGACACCAUCGACAACGUUAAGGCAAAGAUCCAGGACAAGGAAGGGAUUCCCCCGGACCAGCAGCGCCUUAUCUUCGCUGGGAAGCAGCUCGAGGACGGCCGCACUCUCGCCGACUACAACAUCCAGAAGGAGUCCACCCUUCACCUCGUCCUCCGGCUCCGCGGCGGCGCCAAGAAGCGCAAGAAGAAGACCUACACCAAGCCCAAGAAGAUUAAGCACAAGAAGAAGAAAGUGAAGCUCGCUGUGCUGCAGUUCUACAAAGUCGACGAUUCGACUGGAAAGGUCACCAGGCUCCGCAAGGAGUGCCCCAACGCCGAGUGCGGCGCCGGCACCUUCAUGGCCAACCACUUUGACCGCCACUACUGCGGCAAGUGCGGCCUCACCUACGUCUACCAGAAGGCCCAAGGUGAGUAAGCAGUAACGGUUCCGGUGCUCGCUAGAAAUUCUAAGUAUCAAGCGGAAAAAAUUCAUCUUUUUUACUCCAUUAUGCUCUUAUGUUUAGUUGAUUUUCUACAGACCAAUAACCAGGACAUCCUUGUUUUCAGGAUCAUUUUGUUAUUUGUGAAUUCAAUGUUGGAUGAUUAAUUUGUAACUUUACUUCUCAAAGUUUGCAUUUUUUUUGCCUGUUCA